UGUUUGUUAAAUAUCAAUAUAAAUAUUUAUAAAUAAUACUCCAAAAAAUAUAUACAAUUAAUUAUCACAAUUAUUUAAUAAAAUUAAUUAAAUAAUAUGGAAGCACUGCAGGAAUUUUCAACAUAUCUUGAUGUUAAUUCUCGACUUGAUUUACAAGCUGUUUCUGUUCAAAGUAUUUUAAGUUUGACUGGUAGUGCUGAUGGUAGAGAUUUACUUCUUGGUUGUCCUGGAAUUUUACGACAGCUUGUUCUUCUCAGCCAAAUUGAUUCAUCAAGACAUGUCAUUGCCAAGGAUGCAUUGUUGUCACUGAUAAAUAUAUCUGGUGAUGCAGCUGGUGCUAAAGCUCUAUUACUAAUUUCUGAAUCAUCAAAAGAUGAUGCUACUGAUGGACCAAUUGAUAAUAUCAUUAAUGUUUGUAUCAAAUUCAUAUUGGAUAAAGACAAUAGUCUUGCUGAUCUUUGUUGUAUGCUUUUGGCAAAUUUAACUAGACCAGAAAAUUCUGUUGAUAGAAUUGUUAGUGUGCUGGAAAAAGCAAAUUACAAUUGGGAUAAAAUUAUUCAUGCAUUUGCAUAUGCAAGCACUUAUAAUACAAAAGGUGCUAAUCUUCAUUAUCUUGGUUCUGUUCUCAGUAAUUUGAGUCAAUCAAAAAUUGUCAGAAGACGUUUGACAGAUAGAAAUCAACCAAUAAUUCACAAGCUACUUCCUUUCACAGAAUAUAAAGAGAGUAUUGUUAGACGUGGUGGUGUUGUUGGAACAUUAAAAAAUUGUUGUUUUGAUAUUGAAAAUCACAUGUGGCUAUUGAGUCCUGAAGUUGAUUUGUUACCACAUUUUUUACUGCCUCUUGCUGGACCUGAAGAGUUUGAUGAUGAGGAUAAUGAUAAAUUACCACUUGAUUUACAAUAUUUACCAGAAACAAAAACAAGAGAACGUGAUCCAGACAUAAGGAUAAUGCUGUUGGAGGCACUUUGUCAAUUAUGUGCAACACGUCAAGUACGUGAAAUUUUAAGGGAAAAAAAUACAUAUGUAAUUCUUCGUGAAUAUCAUAAAUGGGAACAAGACAAAGCUGCAUUAUUGGCAUGUGAAAAUGUCAUUGAUAUUUUGAUAAAAACUGAAGAAGAAAUUGGCCAUGAAAAUUUGAAACUCAUUGAUGUACCAACAGAUUGUGUUGAAAAAUUUAAAAAAAUGGACGAAGAAUUUUUAAAAGACGAUUAAUAAAUAAUUUUUUAAAAUACUA